AUUCGAUUUAUUCUUUCCUUCCUUGGCACGCCUAUCGGGCGAUGCAUUUAAAACUGUGAUGGCUCUUUUGCUUACAUAUGUAUAUUCGUCAAUUUUAUGAUAUUCAACCUCCGUUGUGUCCCGUUUAGUGUAAUUUAGUUUAAAUAAUUUAUUUAUAUGCGUACUACGAAAAUGGCGAAUCAAUCCCAGAAAAUUGUAUACAAGCUGGUACUGACCGGAGGGCCUUGCGGCGGAAAAACCACUGGACAGUCCCGACUCAGUACUUUCUUCGAAAACUUGGGAUGGAAGGUGUUCCGGGUGCCGGAAACGGCUACCGUCCUCUUAAGUGGUGGUGUGAAGUUUGUAGAUCUCAGCCCCGAGGAAGCAGAAUCACGGCUUAAUAUAGCUGGCGGUAAAUGCCGUCAGGAUUGCAAAAGAUGCGCCGCAGCUGGAUUAGCUCUGGCGAACCAAAGUGACUGCGCUAAUAAGUUCCAGGAGAAUUUGUUGAAGACAAUGAUUCAGAUCGAGAACACUUUCUUCGAGUUAGGCAGGACGUGUCAAAGGAACUGCCUGAUCAUAUGCGACCGAGGAGCCAUGGACGCUAGUGCAUUUAUUUCCAAAGAGAAGUGGGAGGCUAUGUUGAACGCGAAUAAUUGGAACUCUGUGGAGCUGCGAGACAACAGAUAUAACCAUAUCGUGCAUAUGGUAUCUGCUGCGAAUGGCGCUGAAGACUUUUAUUCAACUGAGGACCAUGCGUGUCGUUCUGAAGGUGUAGAGCUGGCGAGGGAGCUAGAUUACAACGCGGCAGCCGCGUGGGUGGGACACCCAUACUUCGACGUGAUCGACAAUUCAACGGAUUUUGACAAGAAGAUGAACCGCCUGAUCGCCUGCGUCUGCCAAAGGAUCGGCAUCGAGACCGGCGACCGGCUCAACGUCAACGCGAAGAAACGCAAGUUCCUCGUCAAAACGCCACUCCCGAGCGACGCCGAGUUCCCACCGUUCCAAGACUUCGACGUGGAACACAACUACCUGCAGAGCGACGUCCGCAAAGCGCAAGUCAGGUUGCGGAAACGUGGACAGAAGGGCCACUGGUCGUAUAUACACACGGUGAGGAAGUUCCAUCCGAAUGGCCAGUCCGUGGAAGUCAGGACCCAGUUGACGCACAGAGACUACCUGAACAUGCUCCCGCAACGGGACGACGCGCAUUUCACGAUAUUCAAAAAGCGACGCUGCUUCAUCUACAACAAUCAGUACUACCAGUUGGAUAUAUACAGACAACCGACGCAUCCAAGAUGUCGUGGUAUGGUUCUGCUUGAGACCUAUAGUGCGGCGUACGAUCAAGACGCUCUAUUGGCAUCGUUGCCCAAGUUCCUAUUGAUUGAGAAAGAAGUGACCGGCGAUCCAGCAUAUUCCAUGUACAAUUUAUCGCUAAAAGAAGAUUGGAAAACCUCAAAAAGGUACUACGCCGGGUCUGGUGUUUACGGACAACCUAAAUGCCUAAAUGGACACAAAGGUGAGAAAAUUAAUGGGCACGCGGAUAAAAUCAUCCAUAACGGUGAUAAAGUUAUGGGACACAUUAAAAUCAAUAGAUGCGACGAGAAAAUCAACGGACACUCGGGACAUAAACUAAAUGGACACGCUAAGAUGAACGGACACUAUAAAAUAAAUGGUCAUGCACCCUUAAAUAAUGGAUUGACCAAUGGUGUAGACGACUCAGAUAUAGAUCACCUCAAAAGCAAUGGAUUGCACACUUCACCAAAGAUGAAAAAAGUUGCUAUUAAAACAUAGACUAAAAUAUUUAUGCUUAGCCAUAAGAACUUUUUGUAAUAUUCCACUUUGUAAUGUUUCAAUGUACACAAAAUUAAAAGCAAAUUAAUAUAUGAUGUACUUAAAAAUGAUAUUAUAAUAAAAUAUGCAUGGCAAUAUUAUAUCGUAACUGUUAAUGCCAAAUGAAAUAACUAUUUUUGUAUUACUUCAUUAGAAUAUUUUUUCAUAUGAAUAAUGAAAUAAUGAAAUCGAGUAUCACUCAAUAUUAAAAAUGUUUAAAAAUUAUUUUUUGUGCCUUUUGAAGUAUUCAUAAUCGUCACAUGCAGAUACCCAUAACUGCUCGAAACAUAUUGUUAUUCUGACGAUGAGCAAACCAAUUAGCAACUAUAGAUGUCUCACAACUUAGAAAUAUUUCAUAUUCAGUCUCUAUAUUUGACACUCGCAAGUCUACGUAGUAUGUACUUAAUUGCAAUAUUAAAAAUUAAGCUCGCGUCACAGUAUAUCGUAAUAAGUAGAUGAUUGUGUAGCGACUUAUGUUUUAGCUAUAAAUAAA